AUGGGAAAGUGCCUUUCAGCAGCAGCUGUGAUUGUAAGAACGGAGGAGUCUGUGAUCUCCCUGGGAGGUGUCUCUGUCCCCCCGGAUUUCAUGGGAAGACCUGUGAAGAUGGAUGCCCAAAAGGAUUCUUUGGGAAGAACUGCAAAAGAAAUUGUAACUGUGCCAACAAUGGUCAUUGCCACAGGGUGCAUGGAGCCUAAUAUGGACUUUAAAGAAUACUGUCCCAAGGGGGUGUAUGGAGCCGGCUGCACUACAGAAUGUCAGUGUGUGGAAGAGAACACCCUGGACUGCGAUGCCAAAAAUGGCAGUUGCACCUGCAAAUCUGGUUACCAAGGCAACAGAUGCCAGAAAGGAUGCCCUGAAGGCACUUAUGGUCCAUAUUGUCAAAGGAUAUGUAAGUGCUUGAAUGGUGGCAGCUGUGAUACUGCAAUUGGCACCUGUGACUGCCCUCCUGGCUUUAUUGGGGCUGACUGCAAUCAAACCUGUCCUGAAGGUUACUAUGAGCAGAAUUGUACUCUGAUGUGUUUCUGUGGCUCAGGACAGUGUGACCCGGCCACUGGAGAGUGCCAGUGUCCAUAUGGCCAAGUAGAAACCAGGUGUCAGCAAGGUAACAAUGACCACCAGGUCACUUUGCCCAUCCAAGAGCUAAGUAUGAAUGCAAACUUGACGUCUGUACCUACAAUUACAUAA